AUGGGUGGUAAGAGGGAGAGGAAAGCACGUAACCCAGCUGAACAGCAGAGACGGUUAGAGAAGAGAAGGGAGAAAGCAAAGAUUAAGAAGAACCGGCUGUCAGCAUUAGAGAGUUGGCUUAUGAAGAAUAGUCCUUCUCAAGUGGAGGAGAGUAUUAAGUCAUUGGAAAGGAUGUUGAAGAGGGCGCGGAAGGAGGGACGGCUAGCUUAUAGGCCUGAUUUUGAUAUAUCACAUAAACUAUCCCAGUUGGAGUCGGCGUAUGAGAGGUUAAAGCCUAGAAUGAUGACAAUGGAUAAGAAAAGGAAGGAGUUAGAGAGUGCAAGGGCAACACGUAAGAUUAAUGCUGACUGGGCUGAUCCUGCUAGUAAGGCUAGGCGUAAGGCUAAGAUGGAGGCCAAGUACUCGGUAUACUAUGAUGAACGCUUUAACCCUUUUGGUAUACCACCACCAGGGAAGCAGACUCUAUUCCGGCAUAAGGAUGGUACUCUACAUAACUAUCCUCCUCCUGAUAUUACUGAUGAUGAAGAAGAUAGCAGUGAUGAGAGUGGUGAUGAUGAGGACACUAAUAGGAUAAUGAGGGAGAGGGCAGCUGCAUUACAACGUAAACGGGCGGAUAGCAGCAAUAAUGAGGGCAAGAAACGGCGUAAAGGAGAGGAGAUACAGCAAGAGGAGGAAGGAUCUACAAAGGAGAUGCCUACAGCAAGGGAGACCUCUGAUCCCUAUAAGAGAGCUCGUCAAGCGGCAGCAGCAGCGGCUCAAGCAGCAGAGGAGAGAGCACGGAAGGAUGAGGCGGCAAAGAAAGCGGCAAUCCUACAACGCUUCGAUACGGGUAACACAUCGGGUGUAGUUGCACAGGCCAAAGCUGUGAAACCACAAUUAAAGUUGUUUGUACCGAGCCAAGUACGAGGGGCAGCAAGAGGCUCGUCGUCGUCGUCUAAUGGAGCACCACCAGAACUACUCACUCUUGAUAGUGAUAAAGUACAUAUUAAGAAGGCGGCGGCUAAGGAUGAUGAGACCAUACCACAUAAGAAGAGUAGCAGUAGCAUCGCUCCGCCUACUGGCAGCUUCGAAGAUGAUUUUGAUCGCUUCAUGGGAGAGGUCGACGGGAUGGGAAAAGAUUGA